UCGCGAGAAGUGGCUGAGGGGGCGGCCGCCGGUGCGUCUGGCCUCCGGUUCCCCGCCCCCGCCUCCGCCGCAGCCCCCGCCUCCGCCUCCCCGUCCCCGGCGCCGCCGCCGCCCUCCCCGCCCGCCUGGUCUCCCGAGCGGCCGUGGGGACCGCGAAGCGCGGGCGGCGGGAUCUGCACGAAAUAAAUCAGAAUGAGUUACGCAGAAAAACCCGAUGAAAUCACAAAAGAUGAGUGGAUGGAAAAACUCAAUAACUUACAUGUGCAGCGAGCAGACAUGAACCGUCUCAUCAUGAACUACCUGGUCACAGAGGGCUUUAAGGAGGCAGCAGAAAAGUUUCGAAUGGAAUCCGGGAUCGAACCUAGUGUGGAUCUAGAAACACUUGACGAGCGAAUCAAAAUCCGUGAGAUGAUCCUGAAAGGCCAGAUUCAGGAGGCUAUUGCGUUGAUCAACAGCCUCCAUCCAGAACUCCUGGACACGAACCGGUAUCUGUACUUCCACCUGCAACAACAGCACCUGAUCGAGCUGAUCCGCCAGCGUGAGACAGAGGCGGCGCUGGAGUUCGCCCAGACCCAGUUGGCGGAGCAAGGCGAGGAGAGCAGAGAGUGCCUGACAGAAAUGGAGCGCACGCUGGCCCUGCUGGCCUUCGAUAACCCUGAAGAGUCACCCUUCGGAGACCUCCUGAAUAUGAUGCAGAGACAGAAGGUGUGGAGUGAAGUUAACCAGGCUGUUCUAGAUUAUGAAAAUCGUGAGUCAACACCCAAGCUGGCAAAAUUACUGAAACUACUCCUUUGGGCUCAGAAUGAGCUGGACCAGAAGAAAGUAAAAUAUCCCAAAAUGACAGACCUCAGCAAAGGUGUGAUUGAGGAGCCCAAGUAGAGUCUGUGUGGUGGACGCCGCGCCUCACCCAGCGGGCUCGUUGGCCCGUCUGCGACUAAAAGAUUUUUACUGCAGUAGAGAACUCUUUCCUCCUCUUACUUUUUUUUGACCCAGCAUCUUUUUUAAAGGGAAAAAUGGCCUUUUGAAGCGCUGGAAGACUCGCAGUGGAAGACACUGUCUCUGGCAGUCUGAUCCGCCUCUGCCUGCGGCGUGUCUAGAGGUGCCAGUGGCUGGCACUGUGCUCCUGGCACGGUGUGGUGGCUGCUGAAGGGUUCCUUUGCGUCGAGAGCUGAGUUCCUGGGGACUGCGGCUACACUCGGGCUCCACCAAGUACAUGAGCAGCACUGGCAGUCCCUCUGCUCUCUGCGGGCACGUGGGCAACAGCACGUGUCCUCACUUCUCUGAGUCUCCUCAGGCCCUCACGCGGGAGUUUCUCCUUACCCCCUUGGUUUUUGCUUUUUCAUAGGAAAGACUAUAUAAAUUUGUAAAUCCUAAUUCAAACACUUGUUUUGUGUGAUGGUAUUGAGUUUGAUGUGUUUUCCCUUUUGGUCUGCGUUGUGUGGCUUUUGGGGAGAUGUGUGUGUGAGGGGCGGGCUGUGUGUUUUUUAAUUUUUUAAAUAUAUAUUUUGGUGCUGUACAUGGUGAGAGACUUUCCUAGUGGAUCAAUGAACCAUCUCUUCUAGGCAGUUUUGAUGAAAAUAAAGGUUUCUCUUUGAUUUCAAGAAUGACCAAAAUGGCCUC